GUGUGCCAUCUAGCGGUCGCGAAUAUGCAACAUCAAUUUGUUCGUGCAUUUUGUCCUCCUCGAGUUACCGUAGCAGUAACCUAUGGAGAAAAUGGCAGCGCCCUGGAGGAGUUUGUGUUUUGCAGCGCUAAAACACCAGUAUCGUUCAUUUUCCUCCACCAGCUGGGCUCAAGCUGGUCAGAUAUGGCGACUGAGCCAUGGCUUACCAGCAAAUGGAUCAGACUAUGGCCCGAUGACAGACUUGCCUGAUUGGUCAUAUGCAGAUGGCAGAGCCAGGCCAACGAUGAAAGGGCAAUUACGAAGGCAAACAGAGAGGACAGAGUUUGCGAGGCGAGUAGUGUCCUUGAGUUCCGAAGUUGACAUGGGGAUGAAGCACUGGCAAGAGACAAAGGAAGCUGAGAAUCAAAAAGAACAACGUAGAAAAGCUCUCUUACUCAAGGCGAAAGGAAAUUCUAAAUUAAAGAAAAAAUAAAUGAGUUCUUCCAUGA